AGCUGUGCUUAGCUCACUUUAAAACACACCCCUGACGUCUAAGGACUGACUGCAAGUGCCCUACCCACCGACGAAUGUUAACUCGUUUCCUGAUCAAAAUAUAUUAACGAAGAGUCUGUUUAAGUGAGUUUUGGCAAUAUAAAAUCAUGAGUUAUCCUGGCUAUCCACCCCAGCCUGGCGGUUACCCUCCACAAGCUGGUGGUUAUCCUCCACAGGCUGGUGGUUACCCUCCACAGGCUGGUGGUUACCCUCCACAGGCUGGUGGUUACCCUCCACAGGCUGGUGGUUACCCUCCACAAGCUGGUGGUUACCCUCCACAGGCUGGGGGAUAUCCUCCACAACCAGGAACCUACCCUCCCCCAGCCGGGGGUUAUCCUCCUCAAGCAGGAGGAUACCCAUCUCAGCAAGGCGGCUACCCUCCUCAGCCUGGUGCCUACUCAGGGCAGCAAGGAGCCUAUCCACCCAUUCCAACAGGUGGCUGGGGAGCUCCUGGUGCUCCUGGAGUGUCUUCAAUUGGUCUAGAUAAUUUGUCCAAUCCUGGAUUCACUGUGAGUAAUCUGCCUGCAAUGCCAGGAGGAGGCAUGCCCCAGGUGCCAGGGAUGGGCUACCCAGGAGGGCCUGCCCCUGGCCAGCCUAUGCCAGGGUACCCACAAGCCCCAUCACCUAACCCCUCCAUGCCAGGCUUCCCACAAGGCCCUUCGCCUACUCCAUCCAUGCCUGCCUACCCAAAUGUGCCCUCUCCCAAUCUGUCCAUGCCCACUUACAGAGGAGGUGCUCCCGUGGUCCCUAUCAAUCGUGGAUUCAGAGGAACGAUCCAAGACUUUCCUGGAGCUGAUCCAUUAAAAGACGUGGAGGUUCUUAGAAAGGCUAUGAAAGGCUUUGGCACGGAUGAACAGGCUAUCAUUAAUCUGCUUGGAAGUCGUUCUAACAAGCAACGUGUACCGCUUGUCAUUGCAUAUAAAACUUCAUAUGGGAAGGACUUGAUUAAGGAUUUAAAGUCUGAACUGUCUGGUAACUUUGAGAAGGUUGUGCUAGCCAUGUUGAAGACUCCUGUUCAGUAUGAUGCUUCUGAGAUUAGAGAAGCAAUUAAGGGGGCAGGGACUGAUGAGGCCUGUCUGAUCGAGAUCCUGGCCUCCCGCUCUAACGAAGAAAUCAGAGAAAUCAAUAAAGUCUACAAAGCUGAGUACAAGAAAAAGCUGGAAGAUUCCAUCACUGGAGACACCUCAGGGCACUUCCGCAGACUGCUGGUCUCUCUGGCUCAGGGCAAUCGUGAUGAGAGAGAGACUGUGGACAUAUCAUUAGCCAAACAAGAUGCUCAGAUUCUCUAUCAGGCGGGAGAAAAUAAACUUGGCACAGAUGAGUCCAAGUUUAAUGCCAUCCUAUGCUCUCGAAGUAAACCUCAUCUUAGAGCAGUGUUCCAGGAGUACCAGCACAUGUGUGGCCGAGACAUUGAGAAGAGCCUUGAGAGGGAGAUGUCUGGGAAUCUGGAGAGUGGCAUGCUGGCUGUUGUGAAGUGCAUUAAGGACAUGCCAGCCUUUUUUGCUGAGAGACUCUACAAAGCCAUGAAGGGACUAGGAACGAAAGACUGCACCCUGAUCCGCAUUAUGGUGUCUCGCUCCGAGGUGGACAUGCUGGACAUCCGCCAGGCUUAUGUGAAGAAGUAUGGGAGGUCUCUCUACACGGACAUCUCUGGUGACACCUCAGGGGAUUACAAGAAGAUACUGUUGAAGCUUUGUGGUGGAAGUGAUUAGGGAACUGCAGCUUUCAACACCUCCAGGAAGACAAGCAUGCCAUAUUGUGUCUGUAAAAAUCUUAUAUAUUAUUAUACUCUAAUUAUUAUAUACUAUACAAAUUAAGAAAUAUGCCAAAGUGCUCUACUACAGUUGCAUGAUGUUGCCAUCGUUUAUAUAACUGCCAUUUUUUCCUAGUCAUGUAACAUAUUUCUUUUAUGCAAAUAUUUGUGUUAAAGGAAGUAUUUUGUUUGUCUUUUGUGCUGAGUAUACUAUGCCUUAGGAAAUAAAAUGAAUAGUUAACAUUUUUUGUAAAGUACUGGUAAUGGGAUUGUCAUAUAUUUUUCUGAAAAAAAGAGAUGAUGAAAUGUAUGUUGCUAUUUGAAAUUUAUAAGGUUUUAAUUAGCAGCUGAAUACCAAGUCAAUAUUUUUAAAAUGUACAUCAAUUUUGGUAAUCUAGUUAAAUCUCCAAACAGGAAUUGCUUAAACAACAACCUAGAUUACUGACAGAUGUCAAGUUAGUAUGUAUUAUUGGAAAUAAAAUUAUAGUUGCCUCUGCCAAAAAUUGCCUGCCAGUUUAGUGAUUCAUUAUUGCUUUUACAUUAUACCAUUGUAGCUCUAUUCCUGUUGAAGAGAAGCUAACACUUUAUUUUGUGUUUAACAGUUUUGCUUUGUUUGCUUUCCCAAAUUGUUUUCCUAGACACUAUGGCAAUACAUUUCUAAGAAUAAAUAAAAAAAUAGUCAUUCAAGUGGCAUGUGAAACUUUC